AUGUAUCCGGGUAGGUUUUGGCUCUUUUCUGUGGUUGGAAAUGGAGGAGCUCAGCAAAGUCCUUUGCAUCCGAGGACCAAUGGGCAUUCCUCUACCGGAAAAUGGGGCUUUCGACCGGCCACAGGGGGUAGUCUUUUUGCUGUAGCUGUAGAAGGAAGGCAUUUCGACAUCCGACAGACUCCAAGGAUCAAUGGCAUCAAGCUAUUCCAAUCGCUUGCAGCAGCAGAAAGCCAUAAGCACUCAAGACUGAGGCCGCAAGGCAAAGCAAGGCAAGGAGGAGACAGAAGGUAA